AUGCUGAUCCAGUUCACUAUGCUCUUUUGAAAUAUCUCUUCAUUCGUUCCUGUGAGCCAUACUGUAACUUCAUUAAGUUAUGGAUUUACCGAGCUAGUGUUGAUGACCCUUAUGAAGAAUUUCUCAUAACACAAACCGAGAACAACCAGAUUCAAGGAGGUUCGUUGGGCCCACUAGGUGAUUUCACUGCAUUGCCCUUCAAGGGAAGUAAUCAUGUAUCUGUUCCAUGUUUUCUGAAAGAUAUAUGCAAUCCUCUUUUACGCACUGGGCAGCAGCUUCAAGUGCUCAUGAAGGUUGUAAAGUCAUGCAAUCUUUGUUCUACUGGAGGAGAUAAUUAUGACACUAGUAAAACUAUCCUUCUGGAGGAAAUUCUCCCAUGGUUUGGUACGCCAAUUGAGUGCUCAGUGAAUUCAUUUACUUUCUCAAAAAGCAAGGCUGAAGCAGUAAUAUGUCAGAGAGACGCUAUGUACAAGUCAAUGCUAGAGAAGCUCCAUCAUUUUUUCUUAAAUAUUGAGAUAAUUCCUUUUGGUCCUCCGUCAAACUCCCUGCAUAAAAGUAAAAGCCCUCUAGACACAUCAGUUUCAGAUGUGGAGCUAUUGUAUGGCGGCACCCAUGCUCUACCAAUUUGUGAUAUUAUGUCUGCAGAUGAAAAAGACAAUGAUGCUUAUUCAACAUCGCAAGAAUCUUCAGAUAAACUAGAUCCACUGGAAUCUUCAGAAUGCUCUUCUUCUUAUAGUUCUAUGGAUGAAAUUGAGGUUGAGAGUGGCAUCACUUGUGGUAAUUUGUCUAGUUCCAGGUUUUCAUUGUACUAUACAAGUACAGGUGAAGCAAAAUGCUCCUCAGAAACCCAAAAUGUGCUUUCAUAUCAAACUAGUUCUCAUCACAACGGGACAAACUCUGCAAGCCCUAAUGAUGAGCACCAUAGAAAUGUUGAUUUGGGUUGCAGCAACGUUCCCAUGCACUCGCAGAAUGUGGAACAUAAUGUGAUGCCUGAUGCUCUAGAACUGGAUUACCAGUAUAGUAAAUUUUGGCCAUUUGGCAAAUUUCCAAAGAACACAUUUAAUAGUUCCCCUGGAAAAAUGUGUUUAGUUGAUGAGUUUCUGUAUACUAACAAUGAAAGUGCAGUGGAGCAAGUAUCACAUGAUGAUGUAGUUUAUCCAUCACACACAGAGAAGUCUUGCAAUUCUAGCAUUCCUUACAAUCUCAGCACCAAUCCCAUUCUGAAGAAUGCGGCUGGUCAUCAUAUGGAGAGUGACUUGCGAGGAAAAUGGAAAAAUCAAGCACUUAAAAGCUUUGCUUUUGAGUCGGUCACGAAUCCAUGUGAAGUAUACUGUGAAAGAAGCACGCCCCUUGUGGAGUCUGAAGCCGGAGCUACAAAGGUUGUACAUUCCACUGCUCAGAUUUCUAAACAGCCUGAUUGUUCCAGUGAGCUUCUUCAAGCUAAGACAGGGAGUCAGGGAUACCUUGCUUCAUCAGGAGAAACAGAAGCAAGUGAUAAUCUUCCAAAAAAUGUCUGCGGGGGAGCAUUAUGGGAGAAAUUGUUAGAAUAUACUGCUAAAUCAACAGAAAAGAUAGCUGGAGAUAGUAGUUCAGCAUCUGAUAUGCCACUUGAUAUAGCUAUUGACAAGUGCAUUAUACAAGAAAUUCUGCUUCAAUAUAAAUAUGUUAGCAGCUUCACAAUGAAGUUGCUUGAGGAGGGUUUUGAUCUUUGUGGACAUCUACUAGCACUACGACGGUACCAUUUCAUGGAACUAGCUGACUGGGCAGAAUCUUUUAUUGUUUCCAUUUAUCAUAAGAAAUGGUUCUCUGUUAAGUCUGAGCAGAAAAGAGCAGAGAUCCAAGGGCUUCUUGACUUGGCCUUGCAGAGGUCUUCAUGUGAUACCGAUCCUUAUAAGGAAAAACUGUUUAUAUACAUGAAAGAACAGCCAGUCACUUCUGUGGCAGCCUCUGAACAUGGUUUCCACAUGCUGGAUGACUUCUUGCUGGGUUAUAAAGUUGAUUGGCCAGUGAAUAUUGUCAUUACAGAGGAGGCACUUAGGAGAUAUGCUGAAAUAUUCUGUUAUCUUGUUCAAGUCAGGUUUGCAGUCUUAUCACUGACUGAAGUAUGGCGGUUUCUAAAGGAGUUGACACAGUUAAUCAGUCGCUCUGGCCACAGUAGACCUGAUAUAUUGAAAGAAUUAAACUCUGUGAUGAAAGUGAG